UCGAAACCAGCACCGCGUUCUCCAAAUCGUUGCUUACAAUGUCUGCACCAGACUUGUGAUCAAAAGCUGACACCUACCUGAUGCACACAGGUGUCCCAUCCUCGCCAGUAGUAAUCAGUAAAGCCAAAGGCACUCGACUCUACACGUCCGAUGGCCAAGAAAUCCUCGACUUUACAUCAGGCCAAAUGAGCUCACUGCUCGGCCAUUCUCACCCAGAAGUCGUCGAAGUAGUUCGCAAAUACAUCGGCAAACUCGAUCACCUCCUUAGCAAUAUGACCACACAGCCAGUCGUCGAUCUGGCUGAGCGUCUGGCUCGCAUUCUCCCUGCUCCACUUCAGAAGUCUUUCUUCCUCAACACCGGUUCAGAGACCACCGAAGCAGCCUUGAAGAUGGCCAAAUGCUACACCGGCAGGUUCAAGAUUGUCGCAUUCACAGCCAGCUACCACAGCCUUACCCAAGGCUCUGGGUCCGCCACCUACUCAGCCGGUCGCAAGAACGGCGGUCCUGCCAUGCCAGGCCAGCUAGCUUUCCCAGCCCCCGUCGGCUCCCUUGCAGCAUUUAUCGUGGAGCCCAUUAUGUCAACUGGCGGCAUCUUAGACCCUCCACCAGGGUAUUUGAAGCGCAUGGUCGAGGAAUGCAAGAAGCGCAACAUGCUUGUCAUCAUGGACGAGGCGCAAACAGGCAUCGGUCGGACUGGGCAGAUGUUCGCAUUUGAGCGCGAUGGUAUUGUGCCUGACAUUCUUUGUCUGUCGAAGACUGGGGGGUGUAAGGAGGCGAAGUUGUUGUGGCUGACGACUCAUCUCAACGAUCCUCUGACUGCUGCUGUAGGCAACAAGGUACUUGAGAUCGUCGAACGAGACAACAUCUGCAAACGUGCAAGAGAAAGAGGCGAGCAGUUGCGUGCUGGUCUCGACAAACUUCAGGAAAAGUACUGGUGCAUUGGAGAUGUGCGGGGUCGAGGUCUGUUUCAGGGCGUUGAGAUCAUCUCUGAUGCUGAGACAAAGACUCCGGGUCUUGAGAUUGGACAUGCCGUGGCGGAUCGGGCCAUGGCGCGUGGAUUGAGCUGUAAUGUCGUCAAUCUUCCUGGUAUGGGUGGUGUAUUUCGGGUUGCGCCUCCGGUUACGGUAUCAGCCGAUGAUAUUGAGGAGGGUCUACGGAUUCUUGACGAGGCUUUUAAUCAUUCUCUUGUGCUCUAG